AUGAAGAUGGAGGUUGAGGACGACGGCGCCUCGCGGCCCGCGGGCAUGAUCCCGGACAUCCUGCUGGACGGGGACCGCCUCAACAUGCUGCUGGACAUCGUGUGCGCCGACUACAUCACGGCGUGCUACGCCAGCCGCGAGAACGGCAAGCGCGUGGUGUUCAAGGCGCUGGAGAAGCUCUACAUCAGCGUGCACGCGGGCGCCCCCCUCACUGGCGCGGACACGCGCGCGCUGCGGCCCGCGCAGGACCCGCUCUUCCAGGAGCGCGCGCGCCGGUUCUACGACGAGCUGAUGGCGGAGUUUCGCACGCGGAAGCGCGCUGCAGAGGCCGCGCCGGACGCCAACACGCCGUCCGCGUCGUCCUCGACGAGAGGCCUCGACGACAGCGUCGUGCGGGAGGUCAUGAAGCCCCGACUGCUGCAGAUAGUCGAGGAAAUGUGUCGCGAGCGCGACCGCCAGUUGGUCUUUAUUGCGGGCGCGGGCUCUUCUUCUUCUGGUUCUUCUUCGGCUCGAGCGGCUGCAGCUCCAGUCUCCACUGCAGAUACAGCAGCAGGGGAAGCACAUCAUGAGGAGGUGCUGCCCCCCACUGCCGGGGAUAUCAGGAUGGAGGGAUGGCUGCGCAAGAAGGGCCAGCACGUGAAUCUGUGGCGAGAGCGGUACUUCAUGAUCCGCUCGACGCCCAAUGGCACGCACUUCUUGUGCUACUUUAGGAAGAAAGGGGACAAGGAGCCGCGUGGCUGGUACGUGCUGGGUCCCGGCACGACGGUGGACGAAGUGAGGGAGUCGCCCAGUAAGAUUGAGACCAAGAAACUCUUCACGUUCCGCAUCCGCCACCUGAACCACGCGACGAAUGACGACGUGGAGGAGAGUGGAGCUGGAGUGGAGAUGACGCCCGGGACGACGCCUUCGCGGCUUGGAAGCGAGUUCCAGUCGUCCUCCCCGUUGGACGCGACGGCGCUCUCACACGACACGGAGUUUGAUGGAAGACCGAGCGUCAAGCGCGCGACGUCGCGGAAGUUUCGGAACCGCGCGGCGGCGGCCGCUGCUGCCGCCACAGCCGCUACCGCCGUGGUGUUGACUGGUGGUCUGGCUGGUGUUGGCAUCGGUGUCAUGGGUAUGAGCAUGAGUGCUGCAGCUGCUGCAAGCGCUGGGGCAGCAGGAGCUAUGAUCGCCCAGAGCCGCAGCAAGGGACCUAUUGCACUUGCUGCUGAGUCGUUGGAGACUGCUGUCUGGUGGCGCAAUAGCAUUCUUGAGUGCAUCGCGCAAGCGGAGGAGCAGUGGAAGCGAUACCUCAACUGGUAUAUGGACCACGACCCCGAGAUGGAAGAAGCGCUUACACCGUUGCCUGAAAGCAAGAUGCACGCGACGACAGCGUCGGCAAGCACUGUUCCGAGAGGACGGACGCACUCACAGCAUUCCUUGGGGAAGUCAAACUCGAGUGGAGCUCUUCAUCCAGGCAAUCGGCAACGCUCUGGUUCAUUCGGAUCGAUGCCACGCUCCAUUGCGAAAAGCUUCCGCACGUCGGCGACAUUCUCACAGGAGACGUCCUGGAAACUCUACGAGUUCUCAAACAAACUACGCGUUGAUACUGAGCGCGUGAGUCACCAGAGCAGCCUACGGACGUCUGCACCGCCUCCUGCCCUGAGAACGAGCCUCAAGGUGAACGCAUCGCCGCGGAAAGUAUUCGAGAUGCUCAUGAAGGUGAACAGCCCGUUCUACGUUUCCAACCACGUGAUCGACGAGGCGCGCGUACUGGAAGAGCACACGGAGGAUCACAGCGACGUGGUUUACUGGAAGCUGUUCCCAACAUUUUUGUGGCCAGUAUCUGUGGGCGCUCGAGAGCUGUGCAUGCUACGCUAUUGGCGUAUGGAGCCCGAUGGCUCGUAUUUUAUUUGCUUCCAGUCCACAACACACUCAGAUUGCCCGCGCAACUCUGGGGCUGUGCGUGCGAACAUCAUGGGCGGCGGGUUUAUCAUAUCCCCUCGUGUUCAAGAAGACCACGACAAUCACUUCGAAGAGUGCUGGGUGACGUUGACAAUCCAGAUGAACCCCAACGGCUGGAUCGAUUCGAGACUGGCGCGUUCGUGGUACUACGUCCACGCGUACGGUGUAUUCUUUCUCGAGAUGAUCACGGCAAUUACAGCCGCUGAUGGACUGCAAACUUUGCGCCCGGUGACCGCGACCUCCAACCAACGACGAGUAAGUCUCGGUGGAAAAUCGCCCGUUCCAAGCCAGCAAAUUGUCACCGAGAAGAAGUUUCCGAUGCUCGAGAGGUACCGCACCGACCUCACGGUGCUGCACGGGCUGCCGACCAAGUUCUGGAGUGAGCCGAGCGCUGGAGGGUUUAUGGUCCGGGGUCCUCAAUAUUUAACUUCCAAGACAAAGGUGCCGUCGGCUCGUCAGGCUUGUCGUCUCGUGAACGUGGAGCUGUACAAGUCGAGCGAGCCUAUCGCGCACAUCGGCGUAUCUUCUUUCGUGGGUGAUGGCUUCGAUGCCACGGACGUGCCAAGCCCAGCCGUGGAGGACCGGCCAUUCAUCUUCAUCAUCAACUUCAUGUUGCCAGGCCCACCGCACCACUCGCUCGUGCUUUAUUUCACCCCCGAAGACCCGUCGGAGCUCCAAAAGAACUCGGUCUUUGCUGAUCUAUGCCACGAAGUGCUACGAGGCCCCAACGACGAGUUCCGUACGCAGCGCAUCAAGCUCAUCCCGCGUGUGGUGCAAGGCACGUGGCCUAUUCGCGAAGGUGUUGGCACCACACCGGCCAUCCUCGGCACCAAGAUCUACCAGAAAUACUACCAGGGCAAGAACUACCUGGAGGUGGACUACGACAUCGGCAGCAGUACCGUGGCCACGGGCAUCCUGAACCUGCUGCUCGGCUACGCCCGCGACCUCAUCAUCGACCUGGCGUUCGUGAUCGAGGCUCAAAGUGCCAUGGAGCUGCCCGAGCGUGUUCUGGGCACGGUGCGUCUGGACUGCAUUGAUCUCCGCCAUGCCGUGCCCUACACCAAGAAAAUGGGCAUGGACAAGAAGAAGUAA